AUUAAUAAUCGUGCUUUUUUAGAUUAUAAGAUCUACACGCCCUAACCCUAACAAGGACUACCUUCACAAACUCUCUCUACACCUUAGUAAAAAUAUGUGGCUAUUUCGCUAUAUUUACCUACAUGGGCAUAAGGUAAUUUAAACUGCUAGGUGUUUAAAUGUGAAGAAAAUUUUACUAUGAAAAGUCCACUGGGUUCAGGUUUCAAACAGGUUUUUUUUGUGGUAUUUAAAGGGUAUUAAUAUUAUUUUAUAUAUUUUUUCAAUAUUUAUUAUAAUGGUAUCCUCGGGAUAGGGGAUAAAAGUUAGAAGUUUUAUAUAUUUUCUUGUUUGUGUGCGUUUUAUUUUUGCCCAAUUUUGUCUUGGUACAAAUUAUCUCAAAAACAUCUAAAAUUAUACUUGAAAAAGCUCACUCAUCAAUGUCUCAAUAAAUUCUAUAAAAAUUGGUGAUAAUUUGAAUUUAAAUAUUUUAGGAAAUACCCUAAUUUUAAUGGUCAGUGACAAAAUCAGGGUUUGAACAACUCACAUGAGUUGCCUUGCGUUUAGCUUGGCUUGUCUCAUUGUCUUCGCAGUCAUUCUAUGACAAGAUUUUCCUAUAAAUUAUGUCAUAUAAAAAUAUUUUUAGUAAUGUUUUAAGGCUAUUUAUUGUUUGCUUUCUACUAUGUGCCUACAAAGAAUGUUUCAUUUAAUUUCCUAUAAAGCGUCUAAAUAGUUAUUUAACUAUUGGUAAACCGUAUAACUGAGACAACAGUGUGUGGGGGGGACGACAGCGGUGACCGUGGGGGCGGGCACAUGUAAUUUGGACAAGAAUGUACCUCUUAUAGUUUUUGUCUUCUCUAAGAGUGCGGGGGAUAACAAAAAUGGGGACCAUGAGAUGGUACAUUCUUGUCCAAUUUCAGCAGGCAAAAAUUCAGUUAAGUGGACUACCUGUUAGGUAUUUAUUUUACAGAAGUUAGUGUCAGAACACUGAAACAUACACCAUUUUUAUAAUAGGUGUAAUGAAGGGGUUAGAUAAAAGCUACCUCAUCCAUUGAGAGUAUUAACCUUGGUAAAUUUUUAUAUCUCUGCUAUAUGAAAUAAAUAAAUGAUUUUUAUAAUCUGAGAAACUUCUUAGCAAUGGAUUCACAGUGUUGGUGCCGGUCCAUCAUGUGGAAGAGAGUAAAACUCAGGGCAGUUCCCGGGACUUGCGACUUGGUGAAGGUUCAAGGAGGCCCGCUUUGAGAUGCGCAUCAAUGCUCACAUUCACUUCUUGAGCUGCCUGUUAGCACAGGCCUCCGUUGAGAUGCGCAUCAACACUUACCUUCACUGCAUGAGCCUUAGUAACUCGUUCCAAAAUUGAAGUUAAUGCAGUUCUCGACCCUACUUCUACCGCAUAUAAAUUAACUAGAUAGCCAUUUUUAGUUACUUUGUUGGGAAGACAAGAAAGGCAAGUUCCAAGUUUAUGAAGUUUACAAUUGGAAGCUAUUGACUUUAGCCAUGCCAUAGAAAUUUUAAGACAAAUUUUACUGAUAAUAUAAUAGUAAAAUGAUCUCAAAUUAUUAUUUAAAUUUUCUAUUGUAAUUUUAUCAAAUAUUAAAUUCUUUUAUGUACUUUUUUAUAUAUAAUUUGAAAUAUUUGUGAGCUAAUAUUAGGAUAUUGAACUGAAUGUAAUCAACAUGAAGCAAUAUAAAUAUAACUAUGGCUAAUGUUUUGUUUAAUUAUUUUUUUAUAUUUCAUCCAAAAAUAUUCACUAAUGAACAUCUUUAAGGAAUUAUUCAUUUAAAACUGAAUGUGUAUGUCUACAAGAUGUCUACCCCAUUUGUUUAUGUAAAGAUUACUACAAUCUAUGUUGUAUGAAUGUUUAACGCCACCUCUUCGAGGUAACAGAUCUAGACUUAACGACCCUGGUUGACAGUACUAGUAGAUGUGCUUGUGAUCAUAGAUGAAUGAUUGGUCUCGCUUCACGAAGCGAGACCAAUCAUUUAUCUAUGCUUGUGAUGUCAUAUUUAUAUGUAAGAACCAUGUGGGUGCAUGGAAAUAGAACGCACACUAAAAUAGGUAUCAUUAUUCCUGCAUAGUAAAAAAGGCACAUUUUUACCAAAAAUAAACACCGACCAUAAAAGCAAAACCUCAAAAAAAUUAAGAAAUGAUACAUAAUAGAGGAUAUUCAAGUUAGAUCUAUUUGACAAGCAUGGCACACCGCCCCCAAAUGUAAAACUAUAUUAGCACUUAAAUUAUUAUAAAAAAAGAAAUCAUAAUCACAAUCUGUCCACAAAUCUCAGAGUUAUUAGAAGGUAAAAAAUAUAGUACCUACCCCUUUAAUUAAAGUCCGUUAUAAUGUUUAGUUAAUUUAAAGUACCAAGUCUAUUUUGUUUGUCUUUUGGAGUAGUACGAUUCAUUACAAAACAAUAGACUAUCACAAAUAUUUUCGUGUAACGUGGUUUCUGAACGUUGCACGUGGUCAAAGAACAAUAAAGUUGACAGCUUCAUUUUUGUUGUCACGUGAGUGUGAGUCUGUGGUAGAUUGCUAGCAUGUCACUAAUGUACGCGAUACAAUUUCCGUUUUUCUAUAAGUGUUGUUGAAAAAUAUUAUAUCCAUAACGAUCUAGUUCAACAUCUUAGUUUAUGUGUACCGUUUAACGUAUGUAAUUGUGAUAUUGCUAAGUAGAUUGCAUUGGAUUUAUAUUUGAACUAUCUACGUCAUGUGAUUUCCUCCGCCAUUUUGUAAACAAGUUAGAUUAAUAUUGGAGGUUAUUUUUGAUCAAAAAAGAAAAUAAAUACCACAGACAUUGCAGUGAAAUGGAGAAGGUGUUUUCUUCUGAUAUAAUAAGAAGUAAAACAUACCAAAACAAUGAUCUGAGAGAUUUAUACAAGGUUAUUCCAGCACAACCCACAAGUAACAGAAAUAAAAUAGAUAAUGAGUGCGGCUUUCAACCGAAGAACGAUAAAUAUUACGUACCAAAGAAAAAAAGUAAACUUAAAGUGAGAACCGUCCGAGAUCUAAGAAAUACAUAUGAAAAAGAUGUUCUCAUCGACUUGCCAUAUCAUUUGGAGAGACAACAAAAUGCACUUUUACGUAAAAUCAGAGAUGGAUCUUCAACAAAGAAUCAGACAAAAUUACUAGCUAAAAAUGUACUGAACAAUGAAGAUCCCAUAACGAGAUCAUCAUGGCAAAUGUUAAUGAAUAUUAACCCAGAAGAUCAUUUACAUUCAUUUCAAUACGUUCUAUUUGACGGUGAACCUAUACGAAUAAACGGCAGUAAAGGUGGUGGAAAAAAGUUUAUUUACAAUUUUGAUUUAGGUAAUUUAAGGAAAAAAAUAAAAAAAUAUUCGCAGAAUAAAACAAAAUCCAGUUUAAAAAAGAAGUAUCUGUUACGUAAUUCUUUGUCUGUUAAUUUUAAACCUGGACCCUUAACUCGAAAGAAACAGCUUGACAAGUCUUAUCAAAAGUAUAACGUUGGUAAGAUCGAGCUUAUAAAUUUGCCGAAACCAAUCUUAGAAAUACAAUCUGCUCAUGGUAAUACAUUGGACUCUACGAUUACGAAUUUGAUAAACAAUUUUAGAGAUGUGAAUGGUUUUAUAUCAGAAAAAUGGGCGGAGUUUGCUGUUUCAGUUUUAGGAGCUAAGAACGCGUCAGUGGUAUAUCAGUCAAACAGUUCUCCUGUGACAUUUGAUUUAGGGUAUAAAUGUGAUCAGCGUAGAAUACUUAUGCGUAGAGAUCAAGAUAGAGAAUGUCGGAAACCUAAAAUUAUUCCAACGAUGAAACCCACAGAUAUUUUUACAGCAGACGAAUGUGAUGUGAUUCCAGAAAUACGAGAUAUGAUAAGCGAGAUGUUAGAUGCAGUUGAAAUUAGUUUGAAUCAAGCAAACAUGUAUACAGGAGAAGAUGAACCUAGAGAACAAUGCGGAAAAGACUUAUUAAAAGGCACAAGUUACCUAAAAGACAGAAAUAAAAAAAAGUAUUGUGAAUUAGACAGGCUUGAUGUAACAGUAAUAAGAUUACCGGAAAAUGAUAUAAAUACUAACUUAAGCGUAUGUCGUAAGUCAUUUUGUAGGUUAGGGUGUAUUUGCAAUUCUUUGCAAUGCACUAUCCCUCUGAAAAGUCACUGUGGCCGUAUAGGUUGCAUGUUUGCAUGUAAAUGUGAUUUAUCAAAAUAUAAAUUAUCGGCCGAUUACGAUGGCGAAUGUCGCGACCUUUUACCUGGACUUAUCAAUUUAAAGGAGGAGAUGAAUAAUAAACUGUCUAAAGAAGAGCAAAAAUUUCAUCAAACUGUUAUAGUAACUGGCAAUCAAAGUAUAUUAUUAAAGUCGAAAAGGAGAAAUUUGAAAUCUUCAAAAAAAUAUGAGGAUUUCUACUGCGAUACGAAUUCCAAACCUGAAUUAAAAUUGAAUCCUGUAUUAUCGAUCUUCAUUACUAAACUAAAUUGUGACAAUAUAGAACCAUGGUGCAUGGUUCAUAAUCUAUACAAAUGUUUUUGCAAAUGCAAAUUCACAGAUACAGUAUCGACUGAAAAAGUAUUAAUUGAACCCGAGAAGAGUGAAGUGGUUCUGGAUGAGGAUUUAUCAUAUUUCGAAACUUCUCUGAGCAAUGAUAAAGAAGAACAGUUUAAAAAUCGCUUGCGUGAUGAUAAAACAACUGAAACUAAUAACACCGUAAUCAUUCUAGACGAUGAGAGUACAUAUUCUAGUAAGAGGAACGAAACAGUAAGGUACAGAACUCGCUAUGGUAGAGAAAUAUGUGUUUCACAAGAUGAUCAUAAUAAUAUUGAUUCGUUUGAAUGUGCUCGAAUAAAACCUUUUAUAGAGAGGAAGUAUAGCCUUGGUUAUUAUAUAAAUACAAAUCAAAAAAUUAAAAACAUGGAAGUUAAUGACUCUUAUUUACGAAACAGAUUGCAAUAUUUAGUUGAUAAAAGUGUUCAACUUGACACAAUAAUAAAUAAUACAACGCCUGAAAAGGGAGAUACUCGUCGUAGACAAAGAAAAGAAAGACACAAGGAAAGAUCUACAGAUGAAAAUGUAGAAAUUAAUUCAAAUCCUAUAGCAAUAUCUGAAAAUAGUUCAGAUAGCGAUUGUUUAAAAACUGAUAUAAAUCCACCAAAUUUAGAAAUGAUUGAAGCGUCAUCUGACAAACGGAUUUCAAAUAAACCUAAACUAGUUGCAUGGCUUGAAUCAAGUUAUCAACAAUACAAAAAACGUAUGGAAAUGGGAAUUAUAAAGUGUACUUUGGAACCACCGAAAAAAGGAAAAGUCUGUUUAUAUCCUUGGAAUUUUAUAUUAAGCAGAUACAGUGAAAGAAAAAACCUUUUCUUGGUAUCUAAAAAUGAACCAUUCCGUAUUUUUAUGGCUGUAGAUAACAAAAAUCCACUAUUUGAACAAUGCAUAAAUAUAGAUGAAAUAAGAUUCGCAGAUCUAAAUAAAUAUCCGGUAACAGUAAAAAAUUUACUGACAAACACGAGUGGAUUAAAAGAAAAUUUCUGUAUUUUGUUUGGUUUGUCACAUUGUUGGGAAUUAAUUGGUGCUGUAAUGAAAAUCAAUGAUUCAAAAGAUAAAUCAGAUAAAGAUAAUAGUCUUACAGAUAAUUUAUCAGAUCAAGAGCUCACUUGUCUAUCCAGUUCAAAUAAGGAAAUGAUUGAGAAACCUGCCCUAGAACAAACUGUGUCUGAUACAUCGAAUUCUUCGAUAUCAGCAAAAGAUUCUUUAGAAUUGUCAUCUCCCAGUAAAUGCUCUACUUCAGAAUCUUCGAAAUGGUUUGUUAUGACAAUUGAAAAUGAUUUCUCGGAAAUUCAAUUUUAUAAUAAAGGAUUUUUUGUGAAACAUGAAAGUAUCGUCAAAGCUAUAAAUGUAGCCAGGGUGACAGGAAAAACUGUAAGACUGUCUUCUCAAAAAUGUUCUGACAAGUCAAAUAACCCACAAUUUGGUAUUUACGCCAUUCCUAAUGCUAAUGAUUACUGUGUGUUUGUGGGUCCUUAUGAGAUCGACGAAAGUUUGGGAAUCGAGACAGUGAAAAUUGUUUCCAAAGCUAGAAAAAAUCGAACCAGAGGUGUUUGGAUUAACACAAAUAAAGUUGACAAUUUAAAGGUGAUUGAUAACCCUUUAUCGUUUAUGCCAUCACAGGAUAUACAAAUGAAUGGAAUGUUGCCUUUGGAAAACAUGUCAACAGAAUACAAUGAUAUACCCUCCUCUACACAACCCCAGCCCGACAAAUCUCUAAAAAAAAACAUUUCAAAAGAUGAUCAGAAAAAUACUGUCAAACCUAUAAAACUUAAAAAAUCCACUGGAUUGUAUCGAAUUGCACCUCAAUCAUUACUUAAAAAAAUCAAUAAAAUAUCUCAAGUUGAAAGUAUGCCAACUGAAGGUGCUAUCAUUUCGAAGCCUUCACCGAGUAUCAUGAGUUCCCCACUAAUACCAUUACUUACAAAACCUUUGCAAUAUCCCAUAAUUAUAAGCUCACUACCAAAACCGACAUGUCCACCUUCAACUGAUGAUCGUUUAGUAAUGGUUCUAGAUUCUAAAAUACAAAACAUACCCGUGGUGUGCGAAAGAAAAAAACCGGUAGCAGAAGUAGCGCCGCAAAUUAAAAUCGCUGCCGUAUACUCCGAAGCCAAAGAUGUACAAACAGAGAUUAAGAGACCUGAAAGAAUGGUUAUUUUAAAACCGGAAGAGAUAAAUAAAAGAGUAAUAUUAGAUAACAACAUACCAAAAUUGGAACCAUCGCCUCCUGUACAGGUGAAUACUGAAACAAUGGACAUUGAAGACUUUCUUGAUUCUUCGACAGUUUGUGCUGCCCCAGCAGACAAUCCUCUUAUAAUUUCUGACGAUGAGGAUGAAUCAUCUCCCAGAAAGGUUUGGAUUAAAUGUAAAAAUGUAAAACUUGGCUUCAUAGAAGCAGAAAUGAAUAAAGAAGGUGAAAUAAGUUUUAAGUUUCCGGGAUUCAAGUGUUCCAAUUUUUAUAAAAAAAAUGUGGCAUUUGCUAAAAUUCAUCAAGUGCUGACGCGCAAGGUUUACGUAACCACCGGCCUAAAUUUAGAAUGGGAAGUUAUCGAUGCAAAUGAUAAGAUAGAAAAUUUCCAGUUGUUGAAAGAGGAAGACCUCCAUGCAAAUAACGUGCUGUCAAAAAACGGCCUGCAUCAUAACUCUCUAUUAUUUAAAAGUAAUAUUUCUUACAUAAAAACUUAUUCUAGAAGAAAGUUGCAAGAUUCUCCAUCCGCAAGUACGGAAAACCCUGAACAGUUAAGUUCUGAUUUUAUAGAAAACGUUGGUUCUGCAAUAGUGAAAUCCAUGGUUGAUGCAACGCUAGAAGAUCGACAAAAGCUUACAAACAAGUUGCAAGAUAUUACAAAUGAAAAUGAAGAAUUGUCUCUGUCUCCUCAAUGUGAAGAGAAAUCUGAAGAGCGGGAUCAAUCUAACGCAAACGACGUUUAAUAUGUAUACAUUUAAGAUGUACCUUCGCCUAGGUAUUCUGGUAUUACAAAAAUACCAAAAAAAUGUCCUCAAAUAGUGACAAAGGUCACUUUUUAUAAGUCGUUGAUAAAAACUAAUAAGUGGUAUGAGCAGCAGGGCCGGAUUUAAGGCAGGGUAGGCGAGGCUGUGGUCCAGAGGAAUGAACAAAAGGGGGUCCCUACAACAAAGAUAAAAACACAUUUUGUUCUGGCCCGGAUUUAGGGGCCACCACUCUUUCGUUGUCGCAGGCCCCCCACACCUUUAAAUCCGGCUCUGAUGAGGAGCAUUAUAAAUCUUAUAUUAGAAGUUAAAAUUCAAAGUGACAUCUAGUAAACUUUUAACAGCUCUGUUGUUGUGAGAGGGUAAGGUCCCCGCGAGAUCGAAGCCCCGCAGGCCACUUCGCUAUCGGAAUUCGUAUGCGAUUUGGGUCAUUAUGAUUAUAACAGGAAACGAGUGUUUCAAAAGAGGCAAUAUUGACUGAUUUUAUUUGCUAGGUUCAUGGUUAAUAUACACUCAUAAAAGGAGCUAAGCAACAUGUUUUUUUUUUAUCGUUUGACCGAUUUUUAAUACUUAUUCUUUGGUUAAUUUUAACCAAUUUUAUUUAUUAUCUAGUGACUAAAACAUUUUUUGUUUUACCCUACCCUUUGUAUAAAUUACAUAUUUCCUAACAAUAAAAUAUCAAAUAUAAUAAUAAUUUGCAGUAAAUUACUCAUGUUGCUUAGACUCUUUUUAAUAAGUGUCUUUGUAAUCAUUAGUGAAGCGUGAGAGUGAGAGCUGAACAUCAUUUUCAUUAUUUUUUCCUUUUAUCAUUAUAUAACUUAUUUUGAGCAAUAAUAAAUAUCGCCUUGCUCUUUGUUGCAGUGAACGGUAAUUUUUGCGUUUUGUAAAUAUUUUCUGUUAAUUUUAAAAUAUGACUGAUAUUCUAUACGAGUUUGUGUUAAAAUGUUGCACACACGAAGACUGCUAAAUAGCGUGUAAUGUUAGUUUAUUAUUAUUCUAGCAGUGAAAAUAAGCAUUGCUAGUUUAUUAUUCCUAAAUAGAUCAACUUAGGUUAUUUUAUGUAAAAAUCUGUGAUAUUACAAUUUAAUCGACUAUCGGGCCCUUAGCACGAAAGUCAUUAUGGGAGUUUUCUUCACAACACUUGAUCAUACACCUACGAAAUCUUUUGACUAGGCGGCAAACAAAAGAUUAUAUAAAGAUUAUAAAAAUUGGUUGCCUCGGUUAUUAAAUUGAUAGGAGGUAGUAUGUAUCUAUCUAUUCUAUUCUUACUUGCAAGUAAUAAACGAAGAAUAAGCUUGGAUUUGUUACUUGAUGUUUUGUCGCUGUUCAUUGAAUGACAAAAGGCAUUUCGAGUGAUAGGAACAAAACACGAUAUAACAAGUCAGAGCUUAUUCCGCGUUUAUUGAUAAGGUGUUUACAAUCUAAGCGGAACUUUUUGAACCCCGUGCUUUAAUAAAAUACAUAGUUUCUAACACCUAAUGUGGUCACCAUUUGGUCCUUGUUUUUUUUUGUAAACUAAGGACUUCCGAAUAUUCUGGUGGUUAUAUUAAAUAUAUACUACUUAAGUUCAUUCAUUAGGACACCUUUGUGUAACUACGAAUUCCAUUUAUUUAUAAGUAGUACUUAUAUUGUAUGGGCAGGGCAAUACUACGAAAAAAUAUUCGUGCCAGGGUUCCGAUAAGUAGUGUAGAAAACCUAAGAUUUAAAAGUUCAAUCUUAUUUUUUUUUGUUUUGAUCUUUAUGAUAAAUGUUGACGGUAGUUUCUUUCUAAGUGAUGUAAAAGUAAUAAAUAAAAAAAGUUAAAGUUG